AUGCCAGUAGUUUCUAGUUUUGGAGGGAUUGGGUCUCUGGCUAUGGACUCGAAGGACAACAAACUAACAGUAUCCGGCGAUUUCAACCUGGUCAAGGUUGCGAACAAACUGAGGGAAUUCUGGCACACAGAUAUUGUCAGUGUUGGACCAGCCAAGGAAGACGAUGGCAAGAAAGACGAGGGAAAGAAAGAAGAGCGCAAGAAGGACGAUCAAGUCGCCAAUCUCAUAAAAGCCUAUCAAGCAUACUGUCCUACGCCGGUCACACAUUACUGUGUGCCCCCAGAAGGGACCCCAAAUUGUGUCAUAUGUUGA